CAGGCGUAGACUUGGACACUUGGACUGGGAAGGAGGAGUGACACAUCUGCCACAUUUGCAAGAGGGGGAGAUCGCAUGAAAACAUUGAUCAAGACAGCUGUCUUCAGCCCUCAUCAUGAUUCACAGCCUGUUCCUGAUAAACAAUGUUGGGGAUUUAUUCCUGGAGAAACACUGGAAGAGUGUCAUAAGCCGCUCCGUCUGCGAUUAUUUCUUCGAAGCACGAGAGAAGGCAGGGGAACCGGACAAUGUGCCUCCUGUCAUCCGCACCCCUCAUCACUAUCUCAUAAACAUCUACCGUGAUAAGAUCUUCUUCGUCUCGGUCAUCCAAACUGAAGUGCCUCCGCUGUUUGUAAUAGAAUUUUUGCAUCGAGUUGCAGAGACUUUUCAGGAUUAUUUUGGAGAAUGUUCUGAGACGACUAUAAAGGAAAAUAUGGUUAUAGUCUAUGAGCUCCUGGAGGAAAUGCUGGAUAACGGCUUCCCCCUUGCCACAGAAUCCAACAUCUUGAAAGAGCUCAUCAGACCUCCUAAUAUCCUGCGCACAAUGGUCAACACUAUCACAGGUAGCAGUAAUGUUGGAGAAACCCUUCCUACUGGCCAACUCUCCACAAUCCCGUGGAGAAGAGCCGGAGUGAAAUAUACCAAUAAUGAAGCUUACUUUGAUGUGGUGGAGGAAAUCGAUGCCAUCCUGGAUAAGUCUGGAACUACGGUUUUCGCAGAAAUCCAAGGAGUUAUUGACGCUUGUGUGAAGCUCUCUGGAAUGCCAGACCUUACUCUUUCAUUUAUGAACCCCAGACUCCUGGAUGAUGUGAGCUUCCACCCGUGUGUUCGUUAUAAGAGAUGGGAAAGUGAGAGAGUCAUUUCCUUCAUUCCGCCUGAUGGAAACUUCCAGCUCAUGUCGUAUCACAUCAGUGCACAAAAUCUUGUAGCAAUCCCAGUUUAUGUGAAGCAGAACAUCAGUUUCUUUGAGAGCGGGUCUUCAGGAAGACUGGACAUCACUGUGAGCCCCAAGCAGACCAUGGGGAAAGUUGUGGAGUGUGUGGUGGUGACCAUACACAUGCCUAAAGUGGUUCUCAGCGCCAGCCUCAAUGCCACUCAGGGAACCUACAAAUAUGACCCGCUUACAAAGAUUUUGGUGUGGGAUAUAGGCAAACUUAAUCCUCAGAAUACCCAGAAGCAACCCAAUCUGAAAGGAAGUCUAAGUCUGCAGUCUGGAGCUCCUAAACCAGAAGAGAACCCAAGUCUGAACAUUGACCUGAAAAUCCAGCAGUUAGCCAUCUCAGGACUGAAGGUGAAUCGUCUAGACAUGUAUGGAGAGAAGUAUAAACCAUUCAAGGGUGUGAAAUAUGUCACCAAAGCUGGGAAGUUUCAGGUCAGGACAUGAGGGCCCGGCUGCAGAGCAUCACAAUCAUAUGCCAAAAGUUGAUCAGAGGUGCCAUUUCUCUAAAUGACAAAUCAUGCAGGAUUGCAACCCUGAGCACAAUCUCCCUUAUUUUUUUUACAGCAUCAGUUACAUUUGUUAUCGUAAUAUUUAUCUUUCUAUAUUUUAUGGGAAGUAACUGGCAAGAAGUGAAAAUCUCCACUGGAGAAAAUUGGGAAAGUAUUUUCUUUGGGAAUCUUUAUCUUCAUAUCAAUAACAUUCCAUUAGUGUAUCUGUAUAAUGUCAGACUCAUGAUAAUCUAAAUCUCUGCCAGGAAUGUUUAGCUUAACAUCUCAAAACCAAAAUCUAGAAUAUCCAGAAAGAAUAUACACAAGCCUUCUUUUAUAUUUUAGUUGUUUUUUUGCAUCUCAUUUAGUUCAGCGGCCUUUGAAUGGAUAAAAUUCAUUAAAUAGGCCUCAAACACCCAAAUGGCCUUUCCUUAAAAGCACAUGGCCAUGUUUAUAUGCAAUCUGUUUCUUUACUACACAAGCACAUUGCUGCAGAAAAUGUCAAAGUUAAUGUACUUUAACACUUAAAGUAGUUUAAGUUAUGAGCACAAGUGAAGGAAUCUGUUUUG